GCAGCUUGAGUUUCCAGAGCGCCAUAUGGAUUUGGAUAUCCUCCUCUCACAAUCAUCCAUCUAUGGCAUAUUACUGUUUCUCUUCGUUCUUUAUUGGCUAAUGAGAAGGCACGGAAGCCAUACAUGUGGAGAUACAAAGGCACCACCAGAAGCUGACGGUGCUUGGCCUUUGAUUGGGCACAUCCACCUUUUAGGUGGGUCACAGCCACCUCAUGUUACAUUGGGUAGCAUGGCAGAUAAAUAUGGACCCGUCUUCAACAUGCGGUUGGGUUCUCACAAUCAUCUGAUUGUGAGUAGUUGGGAAAUGGCUAAACAGUGCUUUACUGUGAACGACAAAGCGUUUGCUAGCCGUCCUAAAUCUGUAGCCUUUGAAGUGUUGGGCUACAACUUUUCCAUGUUAGGGUUCAGCCCCUACGGUUCCUAUUGGCGUCAGGUACGCAAGAUCGCCACCUUGGAGGUUCUUACCAAUCACCGAAUAGAGAUGCUCAAGCAUGUCAUGGAAUCGGAGGUGAAGAGUGCAAUCAAAGAGAGUUACAGUUUUUGGGUAAAGAUGAACAAGAGCGGUUCUGAAAAGGCGGUGACUGAGAUGAAGAAAUGGUUUGGGGAUAUAACACUAAACGUUCUGUUUAGAAUGGUGGUGGGAAAACGUUUGUUUGGGAUGGGUUGUGAUGGUGACAGCGAAGUGAACGAACGGAUCCGAAAAGCUCUAAAGGAUUUGUUUCAUCUGAGCGGUUCAUUUAUUGUCUCUGAUGCACUUCCGUAUUUGAGGUGGUUGGAUUUGGAUGGAAAAGAGAAAGAAAUGAAAAGAACGGCAAAAGAGGUAGAUGGGUUUGCUCAAGUUUGGCUCGAAGAACACAAACGAAACAGGAAGGGUAACCAUGACUUCAUGGACGUGCUUCUUUCCAUUGUUGAUGAAGAUAAAGAGUUUGACGGUCUAGAUUCCGAUACCAUAGUCAAAUCCACGUGCCUGACACUAAUUUUAGCAGGCACGGACACUACAACAGGAACAUUGACCUGGAGUCUCUCGUUACUUCUCAACAACCGUGAAGUCCUAAAUAAGGCCAAACACGAAUUAGACACACAGAUUGGGAGGGAAAAGAUAGCGCUGGAAUCAGACUUGAAUAAGCUUGAAUAUCUCCAAGCCAUAAUCAAAGAAACACUGCGCUUGUACCCAGCUGCACCACUCAAUGCGCCACAUGAGUCCAUGGAAGAUUGCAUCGUGGGUGGAUACCAUGUGCCAACUGGCACGCGUCUCUUGACUAACAUUUCAAGACUUCAACGAGAUCCACUGGUAUAUGAUGAUCCCUCGGAGUUUCGGCCAGAGAGAUUCCUCACAACCCACAAGGGCGUUGAUUUCAAGGGCCAGAAUUUUGAAUUGAUUCCAUUUGGUGCAGGCAGAAGAAUGUGUCCUGGACUCUCAUUUGGUCUUCAAUUAAUGCAACUCACUCUUGCUACUCUGCUACAUGGUUUUGACAUUGAAACUCUUGAUGGGGGACCAGUUGAUAUGCUUGAACAAACUGGGCUAACCAACAUCAAAGCCUCUCCACUCCAAGUCAUUCUCACGCCACGUCUAUCUGCCCAAGUUUAUGGAGAUUAGUGCACUUGGCUACCUCCCAUGAAGGGUUAAAUAAACGUGCAUGAAAAGCUACUCCUCUUGAUGUUCUCAUCAAACCACGUUUUUCUUCCAUGCUUUUUGAUUUAAUAGUAUGAUCGCAUUAUUAGGUGCUUAUAUAAAUAUGUUAAAGCAUAGGAGGGUUCAAGCACCCAACUAGUAAAAUCUUUUCGAAUUGGGAUUGCAUGUAUUCUUCACGAAUAAAUUA